CGGAAGGCGAAGGUUUGGAGUAAAGUUUUCCCGCACGGUGCCGUUAGGAGUGUGCCACCCCUGGAACUCAGGGCGUAAGGGCGAAGAAACGCCGAGUAGUGUGCGCGAAUCGUUCCGUGUUGUUCCGCGCGAGCCGAUCAGUACGAUCGGAAGUAGAUCGAACCGACUGCAGCUAGGAAGAUGGCCGUCAGCAACAUUGUGUGCGAGUGGCUGCGCGCCCUCGGGCUCGGCCAGUACGCGGAAAGCUUCCUCGACAACGGGUACGACGAUCUGGAGAUCUGCAAGCAGGUGGGAGACCCGGACCUGGACGCGAUCGGCGUGCAGAACCCGGCGCACCGGAGCAAGCUGCUGAAGAGCGUGCGGUUGCUGCGCGAGAAGGGCGCGGCCAGCGUGUACUUCCAGCUGAACGACCCGAAGUCCCUGCUGUCGGACAACAGCGACAGCCUGGAGCGGGACAGCUCGCCGCUGAUGCUGAGCGAGCUGGAGGCGCUGCUGCAGGAGCAGCUGAAGGCGGACGGCGUCUGCCUGACGGCCCAUCCGUACUCGACACCGGAUGGCGCCCGCGGACACCUGGAGGGGCUGGCGUCGGUGUACUGCGAAAUGCUGAUGGCACCGUUCGGCGAGGUCCUGGCAGCGCUAGAGGAGGCCCGGCAGCGGGCCUGGUCGGAGCGGAGUCCCCACAGCUCGUCCGGUGGCGGCGGGGGGUUGAUCCGGGGCCACCGGGGAAACUCCUGCCACGGCGGCUUGCCAAACAGCCACAGCCAGCCGAUCUACGUGCCGGGAAAGUAUUCGCCCUCGAGCUGUUUGUCCGAUAAGGAGGAGGACGAAAUUUAUGGAUUCGGAUACGGCGUGUUCGCUCCCAGGGUGGCCAGAACGACGCUCCAAUCGCAGCAACAACAGCAACAGCAGCAACAGCAGCAACAGCAGCAGCAGCAACCACAGCAACAGCAAUCCCAACAGCAACAACCACAACAAUCACAAAAUUCCACCAACGUACCUGCCAACAGUGCUGCUGCACAGCAAAGCUGUCUCAGCCCACGAUCAGCAUACUUCUACGAAUUUCCACCAACGGACGGUCGGGAGACCAGUAAAAAGCGGACGACGCUGGCGCGACUCUUGAGAGGAUUAAAGACUGUUAAUAGGCGUGAUAGAUCGAAUCAAAACACCAGCGGCGGCACAGCGACGCAGUCGAGGUCACAAAACGAAAGACUGAGACAUUUCCAAAUGAACGGCGGUGGACCGCAGCCGAGUUUCGAAGAAACCAUCCAGAGGCUAAAAAUACAGGAAGCUCUUCGGAAGAAGGAAAAAUUUCAACGCGAACACGAGGAGAUCCUUCGAGACAUCCGGCAAGGAUUGCUGCAGCUCAGCAGGGACUCGAGGGAUGACACGUACAUGUACGACGAUGCGGUUACCAAUGUGAUGCGAAUGCCCCACCAGGGCCACUGGUACGACGAGCCGCCGUACGAGAGCGAUCCGGACGACUUUCUCAUGUCCGGCAUGCGCCAGAUCGGGGCGGCCGGGUACGCGGGCGACGGGGGAGGAGGCGGAGGAGGGCCGAGUGCAACCAUACAGGGCGGCCGCGUCUGCUACAGUUCCAGUGGGCGCGAAGGGCAGAGUGUGAUAUCGUUGCGGUCCGCGGGCGACAUCUCCAUACCGCAGCGUGGUCCCCGCCGGGGAUUGAUCGUCCCCCAGCAACCACCGAAUCCGCCGACCAUCAUACCCCUCAAGCACGCCCGAUCGCACGAUCGGGAAAGCGGAGACUACGCCGGCUCAAUAUCGGACCUGCACAGCGUUACCUCCCGGUUGAGCCAGGUUUCGAUCGGAACAAAUAAUUGCACCGCCCGGUACCGUACGCUCAGCGCCGGUUUGGGGGACGAGUCGCCCUCGCCCUCGCCGACACCCUCGUCCGAGUACGACGACAUCCUGCAGGCGAGCGCACUCCAGCUUCAGAAGCAUCUGCAUCACCAUCAGCAUCAGCUCAAGCACGCCGACAGCGGUCAGCCCGGCGGUGGACCGGGCGGCUCGGGCAGCGGGAUGGUGGGGAGUGGUGCGGUAGGAAACACGUCCGGCACCGGCAUCCUGCUGGCCGCGGGUGGUACCGGCGGUCCGUUGGGAGGAGUGGGCGCGAGUGGUAGCAUGACACUGGCUUCCGGUGGUGCUUCCGGCGGCAAUCUGCCAGCAAGUCUUGCUGGCGUCGGAGGCAGUGGCGCGGGGGUGGUUGGGGUGGCCGGGGGCAUCAGUGCGGCGGCCAGCUUUGCGACGGACAUCAGCAGCGCGACCAGCACGAGCAACACCACCAACAGCAGCAGCGCCAGCAGCAACAACAGCACCAGUACAAAGAACACCGUCAACAAUCUGAAAAGCCUGAAGGCGGCCAAAAAUCGGAACAAUCUCUCGUCGUCGCUGGUGGCGGCCACGGCUGCCGCGUCGGCGGGCUCGCACAACAAUAAGAAUUUAAGCAUAAGUCAACAGAUAGCUUUAGUACAUCACUCUAAUGACGCUCGUACAUCACCAAAGGAUCAUCUGCUGUACGGUGGAAAGGAUCGCAACAAUCGAGACUACAGCAACUGUUUAGAUAGCAUCAGUGAUCAAACGUUCCAGCAUUCGGCCAGUUCGGUCGAAAGUUUACCGAGCGCCUCCGGUUCGAGUACCCAAGCACUCGUCCGACCGGGCAGCCCUCACAGUUCCCUUUCGGCGGAAGAUCGCACCACAAUGAUACCGAUCUGUAGGGCAAUCGCACUCGUCGACAGUUGCCCGAGUCCGUACGAUAAGGAAGCGUUACGAUUUAAGAAAGGAGAUAUCAUCGACGUCCUCUCGAUGAACGCGUCGGGUGUGUGGCGAGGGUACGCUAAUGGGCGCCUCGGGCACUUCAAGUUCAUCAGCGUGGAGGUACUGCCGGACCUUCCGACCACCGGGCUGAUGAAGGGCUACGGCGGGAAACUGGUCAGCCGGCACCGUCUACCGACCAGCUGCCCGACGAGCGUCGAAGAGUUGCUGCUACGGAUCGGCUUGAAGGAGUACACCUCGGUGUUUGUGCUCAAUGGGUACGAAGAUCUGGAGCUUUUCAAGGAGCUGGAACCAUCCGACCUCGACUACCUGGGCAUCGGUAACACGGAACAUCGGGCGAAAAUCCUUGCGGCGGUGCAGCUCCUGCACGACCUGGACUCUACCUCGGACGGCGAUGUGGCCGGCUCGAGCUCGGAGAACGACGAGGGUUUGCGUGGGCUGAACCAUGUCAACUGUUCCGGUGGACUCGGUGGAAGUAGUGGAGGUGGAUCAGGAGGGGGAAGCGGUGGGUCGACUCAUCACCAGACGUCGCCGUUCGGUCGGCGGCACUUUCCACGUGACUCCGGAUGCUACGAAGGUUCGCCGGUACCGUCGGCCCAGGGUCAUCACCAUCCGUACCAGCCGCUUGCGCACAACAACGGGCUCGGCCAGCAGGUGCAGCAGCAGCAGCAGCAACAUCUGGGCACCCUGCUGGCACACCACCACCAUCACCACCCGCACCACCUGUCGGACAACGAGUCGAACAAUCUCGAUUCGGUCGUGGCGCAAUGUUCGAACGAGAUUCUGAAGCGCGUCGAGUCGGCCCGAAGGUUCAACGGCACCACGGAGCGCGGCUCGUCCAAAACGAUGAACAGCCACCGGGGGGUGGCCAAGAAGGGUGGCCUGCUCGGUGGGGGCGGUAGUGACGGGGGUGGCGGGAUGGUGCCCGGCGUCACCGGGGGUAGCAGCGGGGGAGCGCUGAGCGAAAAGUCCAGCGAUUCCGGAGUCAGCAGCAGCAGCCUUUCGUCCGGUCCGGUGAAGGGCGGUGGUGGACUCUAGCGAACCACCAUCCGGGGACCGUCGACGAUGGUGAUGAUGAUGGCGGCGACGGACGAGGACGACACCCUGGUCCCGUACGUGUGCCCCACCCUCCCCCCUUUGGCCGGUGACGAAGAACCCGAACCGCUUCACGUCGAACGGUAAGUGUGAGUUUGUCUAUUGUCGUUCGGCUGGAGCGUUGCGUCGGUUGCGUGCAGGAAGCUGGCCCAAUUCCGGGCGGAGAUACAAAGGAAAAACCAACCGGCACGUUGCCGGUCUUCGAAAGAAGCGAAAGGUCUGUACCUUUGUUUUAGCUAAGAAUAAAAUCAAUACGCACACGCA